AUCAUCAAUGUCAGUUUACUAAGAAAAACUUUUGUAUCAGUUUUUAGAACACGCUGUCUACGCUUUUUUAAAAAUAAUGUAAUCACCUUAUGACCCAUUCACUGUUUCCUUGUGAAAAAAUAUAGAACAUAUUGGCAGCAUGGAUUACUUCAGGAAAAAUAAGAAAAUCAUUUUGGAAAUAUCAUCAUUCCUCACAUUAUUGACUGGAUCUAUGUGGAUUGUGAGAAAGAUCAAAGUGACAAAGCAUGUGUUAAACAGUGCUUUUGAUCCUUCUAUUAUUGAAAUUUAUGAACCACAUCAAGAAGAAAUACCACAACCACAGCCAUAUUAUGUGACCAGUUGGAUGAAUGCCACCUAUGAGGAGUCCAAAAGUUUCCUGACUAAAACAAAAAACUUUAUCAAAUUUAUGUUUGCAAGAAGAUUGCUGAACAUUGCUCAGGGUGAUAAUAAGGUAUUGAGAAUGAGAGCAAUAGAGAGAUUGGCUCAAAUGGAAUUGCAGAAUUGGCAGCAUUCCUUGAUUGCCCACAUGUGCAAUGCUAAAACUGCUGUUGCUUUAGCAAGGACUAGUGGAACCAAUGAGAAUUUUUUUUUGCCAAGCCCAAGGAAAUUUUCUAAAUACUCCAAUAAAAUGUUGUUGCAUAGUUUGAAGGAUUAUAUGAUUGGUUUGGACUAUGAUCAUUCCCAUGAUUGUGUUAAGAAGACUAUAUCUAAGGUUUUUGUGGAUGCCAAUGACAUAAGCAGGAUCAUUGACAAUGAGCAUGGAUCUGAGGACCUUUCUGUUAUGAAUAGCUACUCUGAGCAGCAAAUUCCAAUAUGCUUAGAAACUAUUAGGCAUCAUUCAAUUUUUGAUGACAAUUGCUAUGACAUAGUAGACAACAAUGGUUUGUACAUUUUGAUGGAGAUAUAUAAUCGUUUUGAUGCCAAUAUAAAGGUAUGCAUUCCAUUGUGCAAUAUAUUGGCAAAUAUUUCUUCUAGACCUGAUAUAGUUGAGGAAUUGCAUAGAAGCGGUUGGAUUAGGGUGUUAUCGAAGUGGAUUAAUCAUCAGGAUAUUCGAUUAUCUGGACCAGCGGGUCAGGCUUUAGCCAACCUUGACAGAGAUGCUAUGGUAGAGAGAUUCUCAUCAAAUUUGUACCUGCUUCAUCCUAGUAACAGGUGCGCGGAGAAAGCUCUGGUUGAUGUGGUUUUCGUGCACGGUCUAUUGGGCAAUGUUUUUUAUACUUGGCGUAAUAAUACCAAUCCCGAUAUGCCUAUUAACCUCAUCGGUAAGCCAGCUGGGAGAAAAGAAAGUAUUGGCUUAGAUAACAGUCACACGUGCAGUACUGUGAAGAAGACGAGCGAUCCUACCACUCAGGAGUAUAUUGACGAAGUAGAACAGCAACUCAAAUUGGAGUGGGAUGCGCUUGGUCGGGACUUUGAAUUCGUUUACUACGAUAUUCCGGAACAAUCAAACGAGGAAGCCACUGGGCCAUAUUCAUCUCCAAUCGACAAUAAAUAUUCUGAAGAACCUACUCAAUGUUGGGCCAAGGAUUGGCUUCCAAAUGAUUGUAGUCAUUUGAGAGUUUUAGGUGUGAACUAUGAUACUACUCUAUCCGUGUGGGCUCAGAUGUGUCCGGAUUUGAAUAUGAAUAAUACAUUGGAUUUACGUAGCCACGAACUCAUCGAUGAUUUGGUUGCUGCAGGCGUUGGUAAAAGACCUGUCAUCUGGGUCACUCAUUCUAUGGGUGGACUACUAGUCAAAAACAUUUUAUCUAUAGUUAUGCAGAGCGACAAUGAGCAAAUGAAGAAUCUGUGUUUGAACACAAAAGAAAUUUUCUUUUACAGCACUCCGCAUUGCGGUUCGAAAACAGCGAGCUUCAAUCAACCAACAACUUUAAUUGUUUGGCCAUCAAUUGAAGUGCAGGAAUUGCGAGAAGGUUCUCCUAGUUUGACAAGAAUCCAUAAAAACUUCAUGGAUAUUCUGAAUCACGUGCCUAUAAAAGUAAUAAGUUUUGUGGAGAAUAGACCGACCAUGGUUUCAGCCUUUAAAUGGAACUUUAAUCCAGUUGAACCGGCAUCCGCGAAUCCAGGUGUUGGAGAAUAUUACGAAGUUCCGCAAAACCAUUUGGGCAUAUGCAAACCAACGAAUCGUUACUCGUUUCUAUAUCAGAAAGUUUUGAAGGAGGUCAAAGAAGUCGUAAAGAGUGUCAUGGAGGAAUCCAAAUUUAAAUUUUAAACAGU